AUGUCACCAAACACAGCAACAAUCAAUGCUGCGCCUAACUACGACCGUGGUCAAUCCAUGACUGCAGUCCAGUCUCAUAAUGGUCUGCCUAUGACAUCACAAGAAAAGGGAAUGCCAGAUACAGAGAAUGUCCCAGAAUUGAGAAAGAUUCCGCGUCAUGAGCGUCGUGGACUACUCUCUAGCCUUGCUCUUGUGGCGGAAAUUUCAGAUUCACGGGAGUACGGCAAGGGGAAAAAGUGGAUGAUGACCAUCAUUGUGGCUCUGGCUGCCACUGCUUCCUCAUUCGGUUCCUCCGUUUUCUAUCCCGCACUGGGAAUAAUCUCACUCGAGUUGCAUACUAGCACAGCUGUCACAAACAUGUCGUUAGCUCUGUAUAUGCUCUCCAUGGCGGUCACGCCGCUCUGGUGGGCAUCUUUCUCAGAGACCCAAGGUCGUCGCACAAUCUAUAUUAUUUCCUUUACGCUUUUUGUUGCAUUCUCUGUCAUCAGCGCUGUUAGCGUCAACAUUGCUAUGCUUGUUGUGUUUCGAACUCUCACUGGGGGUGCAGCGGCCUCAGUUCAGGCCGUCGGUGGGGGUACCAUCGCUGAUCUCUGGGAGCCCAAGAACCGUGGAAGAGCAAUGGGUAUAUACUAUCUGGGACCGCUAGCUGGGCCCGGGCUCGCGCCAAUUAUCGGUGGCGUGCUCACCGAGUUUCUCGGCUGGCGUAGUACCUUAUGGUUUCUCUCCAUUUUUGGGGGCUGCCUCCUCCUCAUGAUUAUCCUCGUCCUACCGGAGACUAUAGCCAGACAAAACACGGACAAAGCACCAAAGAGCAAAACAGCCAGGAUGUACUUCAUUGACCCGUUAUUAUCACUGAAGUACCUCCGCUACAGCCCGAUCCUCAUAACUGUCACGACCGCAGCCAUGGCUUUCGCUUCAGUCUUUGCUGUCAAUAUGACCCUCGAAGUCGUUUACGCUAAAGCCCCUUAUAACUUCGACUACAUCAAAAUAGGGCUUGUCUACAUAGCCCCGACAAUCGGUUACGCUAUCUCUUCAUUUGGCGGUGGCCGUUGGGUCGAUUAUAUAAUGGCUCGUGAAGCUCGCAAGGCUGGCCGAUACGAUGAAGAGGGUAAGCUCACAUUCUUGCCUGAGGAUCGCAUGCGGGAGAAUGUCUGGCUUGGGUCCAUCUUCUACCCGUUGGGCAUUAUUUGGCUCGGCUGGUCAUUAGAAUACGGAUUACAUUGGGCUGUUGGCUGCGCCGCCUGUGUUUUCUACGGUAUAGGAAUGAUGGUUGCGUACAGUGCACUCACUACGAUGUUAACAGAGUUCACCCCUCGUCGCGCGUCUAUUGGCAUAGCGAUUAACAACUUCAUGCGGAACAUCUUCUCCACUGCUACCGCGAUGGCGACUGAACCUCUUAUACUCGCCUUAGGCUCCGGGUGGUUCUCUUGCUUAUUUGCUCUUUUAGCACUGGUAACUACUAUCCCCGCUCUUGUUCUGAUGAGAUACAAGGGGCCCCAGUACAGGGAAGUAAUGGACAAACGCAUUAACAAAACAAGUUAA